ACAGACAGACAGACACGAGUCUUGCGUAUGUUCCGUCUCCAAACCGAUUUUACCUCGUCCAUUGAAGAACGGAGGUGUUUGGUUUCUCUUCACAUCCCUUCCGGCGGGCAGUUUUCUCGUUCCUCUGUAUUCGAUCUUUUGCCAUAACGAAGUGGUUUAUAUUCUUCUUUGUAUUCUUUCCUUGAGUGAACACGAGUUAGCUGAAGUUGGACCACAAAGUAGCCAGCCAUGGAUGUUGAUUCAAAGCCUAUGAUGGAGGAGACAAUAUUAGUCGGUGAUGACUUGAUGAUGGGACCUCCUUCACCCCUUAUCCCACCAGAAAUUGCCUCUCAUGUGCUUGAAGGUGUUGAAUUGUGUGAUGGCAUUCUGAGAAAUCUGUUUCUGUGCUUGCAAUUAAAUGAUAUUGAGCCCUUUUGUCAAGAUGAGAUUGCUUUGUAUCGAGAAUGCGCAGACAAGAGGGACAAGGAAUUGAGACAGAGGCUUCAAGAUAGCGAGCACAAAUUGGGAUUGUCAAUGCCAUUUGACAUGGCCAAGGAAAGAGCUGAUCAGCUUCAAUCAGAAGUCACGUCUUUAGAGAGGCGUCUAAUUCUUGCUAGUGGAGUCGAAGGCAUGGAAGGAUUUCGCCAGAGAUGGAGUCUGCAUGGUCGCCUUACAGAUACAAAGCGAAGAUUGGAGUCUCUAAACGAGGGGAUUGAUAAUAGAAAGAAGGACGAGCCUGUUGAAAGAGCACCAUCCAAGAGAUGGUUCUUUUGGUGAAGAUCGAUGGUCUGUUUUGCACAGAAUCACCACGGGAUGGUACUGGAUAUAGCCCUUGCUCCAGUAGCUUGUAGAGACUCUCUCUCCUUGGCCUCUUCCAAUUUCAAGAUAAAUGGGGUUGUAGACAUUUUGGUGAUAUGCCAGUGAUAUUGUGAGGCAAUGUAGUGGCUGUUCUUAAUGGUUUGUCUAUGUAGUAGAUGUGGAAUAAGAUCGUGAACCGAAAUAUAGAAGUUGUGGAUGGUUUGACAUAGUGGACUUGGCUAAAUAUCCUCGGGGCAACCAAAUUAUGGCCUCGUUAUCUGAGGCAUGCAUGUUCCUCCUGAAGCUUGACAAGUUGCCCUCGAUCGACCCA